AUGUCCGCUGAGCUCGAGCAUCAAGCUGCAUUUGAGGCCACCUUUCGGGGCUGGUUAUACCGCCAAUUCACUACCCCAAAUCCCUCACCAAACACUAACACUAUUGAUCUCAAAGGAAAAACCGCGAUUAUCACCGGAAGCAAUACAGGUCUUGGUUUCGAAGCAUGUCGACAGCUUCUCAAGCUAGGCCUUUCCGACCUCAUCAUGGCUGUACGAUCCCAAACGAAAGGCGAUGCGGCAGCUAGCAUUUUGCGAGACGAGUUCCCAGAAUCUACGGUAUCUAUGUGGAUCCUUGAUAUGGAAUCUUGUGAUUCUGUCACGGCAUUUGCAGCCCGAUGUGCCACCCUUCCACGUAUCGACAUUGUCAUUCUCAACGCGGCGUUGAUCAAACCAUCUUUCACUAGAGCAUCUACCGGACAUGAGCUCACAAUGCAAGUUGUUUACCUUUCUACGGCGCUCCUUACGACUUUGCUGCUACCCGUGUUGAAGGCAAAACGGGCUGCCGUUGGCACAAGACCUCCAGUCAUCACAAUUGUUGGAUCUGAACUCGCAUACCGUGCUGACAUUGAGACCGCGGGCCCAGUACUGGAGCAGUUGGACAAAGAUCAAGAUUAUAGUCAAUUUGUAUGGUAUGCAAGGUCCAAGCUACUGCUCACCUUCUUCGUCACAAAGCUUGCCGAAUCUAUCGACCCCAACCAUGUACUCCUGAACAUGGUCAAUCCAGGGACUACGCGAGGUACGGCCUUCCUACGGGAAUUCUCUCCGCUCCUGGCGAAGCUCGCAGGAGUAUUCCAGUACAUAUUUGCCAGGCCUGUGGAUAUCGCUGCAACGACUUAUCUCGAUGCUUGCCUUGUGCGUGGUACAGAGAGCCAUGGGUCAUUUAUCAGCGAUUGGACUAUUAAGCCAGGGAGAGCCCUUAAGGGCUGGGUACUCUCUGGUGGUAGAGUCCUCCCUUUUGCCUUUCCCACUACAGUUGGCAUCCUAUCGCGCCAGGAGGGUCUGCUACUCUACCAAAGUAUUUGA